UAAACCGGAUGACAUUUGGCCGCAACUAUUGGUCAAAAAUGAGAUUUCAGUCCGUGAUUUGAAUCCACGAAAUAUGAGUCGAGUAUUGGAUAAUCCCUUUCACACCACUUGUGAUGGCUUUUGGAAAGACUAUUAUUUUAUUGAUGUGAACACGACAUCAGGUGUAGUGAGAGGUCUCACUAUAGAUGUGUUGAACACAAGUGUUGACCAGUUUUUGGGUAUACCUUAUGCCGAACCACCGGUCGGUGCGCUUAGGUUUGCAAAACCAGAGCCCAUUAAAAAGCCAUCGAAAAUGCAACAGCACCCGGGAACUCUUGUUUGCAACUCCCAAGUUCUACACUGGAUAUGUUUAAUACUGGCAUUAACUCUGAGCUUAAUCUCAUCCAAAGUGAGGACUGUUUGGUAC